AGAAUUCUUAUCAAUGUACUCCGUGGUCUAAAGACGAUAGCCACGAAUUGUAAAUGUAAAUAAUAUAAAUAAAAUUAUUUUACUAUUUAGUAUUUAAAAUUUAGGUAAAACUAGUUAGCUCAGUUGCUACAGCUACUUUUAUCAUCAUAUAUUUUUUUUAUUCUAGUCAAUCUUUGUAAUUUAUUCAGUUAUGGCGUUGAAUAUUUAGUUUUCAGUUAAUCUGAAUCCGUUUGCAUCAUGACACCUGUAAUUAAUUUUAACCAAUGUCAAAUGUUUACACUACAUGGUUAUAGCUAAUUAUGAGUAAAGACCAUAACUAUAUAGCUCUUAAUAUAUAUAAUGUAAAAAAUUCAGAUCACAGCUCAACCAUGUUGAAAGAGCUCCGUCAAAGCUUAAGUUCUUCUCAUGCAUACCGCAUUUCGAAUUCUACUAUACGUUUUCAAACACAUUUUGUUAUUUUCGUCUCAUUAAUCGGUAUUCUCUUCUUAAUAGUACUGUAUAAUAUGUCAUAUACAGCACCAACACUUGUCAGUUAUGGCCUUAAUCAUCCACAUGAAAAAUUUGUGUACAGAUCAACUAAAUCAAAGUAUCCAUUGUCUCAACCAGUUUCUAUUGACAAUGUGGGUAUGAAAUUUCGUAUAGCUAUUAUUAGUGAUUUAGAUAAAGCAUCUAAAAGCCAGACUGAAAAAAAUACGUGGUACAGCUAUUAUAAAAAAGGAUUCCUUACGUGGUAUACAACUAAUAACUCAAUAGAACUUGUAUGGGAUCUUGAAGAGCCUAAAAUAUUAAAAUCAUCUUUAUCCAUGGGAGGUCGAGGAAUGGAACUUUCAGAAUUGGUUACAUUUAAUGGCAAAAUAUAUUCGUUUGAUGAUCGGACAGGUAUCAUUUAUAAUAUUAGUGAAGAUGAUACUGUUUUACCUUGGAUAAUACUUAUGGAUGGAAAUGGAACUGAUUUUAAAGGAUUUAAAAGCGAAUGGGCAACUAUAUAUAAUUCUGAUUUAUAUGUUGGAAGUAUGGGCAAAGAAUGGACUUCAUCUACGGGAGAAUUUGUUAAUAAUAAUCCUAUGUGGAUAAAAAUUAUAAAUACAUUUGGCUAUGUAACUCAUGUUAACUGGACAGACAACUAUAUUGCGAUUCGGAAAGCAGCCAACAUAAAUUACCCUGGAUAUAUGAUACAUGAAUCUUGCGCAUGGAGUCAAAUACAUAAACGAUGGUUCUUUUUACCACGGAGGAGUUCAUCAAAACAGUAUAAUGACAAUGACGAUGAAUACAUGGCUACAAAUAUGUUGAUAUCAGCUAAUAAUAAUUUUAACGAUAUUAAGGUAGUACAUAUUGGCAAGAUAGUACCUACUCAUGGAUAUUCUAGUUUUAAAUUUCUACCUGGUACAAAUGAUAGAAUUAUCGUUGCACUUAAAUCUGAAGAAGUUGGUUCAAAAACUGCUACUUAUAUUACAGCAUUUAAUAUUGAUGGAACGAUUAUGCUACCAGAAAUCAAAGUAGCUGAUCUUAAAUAUGAAGGAAUAGAAUUUAUAUGACCCAUAUCAAAUUGUUGUGAUUUUAAUUAUAUAAAUAAUGUAUUUAUAAUGUUAACAUGUAUUUUACAAUGUUACCUAUAA